UGCAGAGGGAUUGCGACAACUUGUAUCAAGCAACAAGUGUUUGGCUAAAUGUCGGCUUAAUAUUUUUCGCUUGUUUGCAUAUGUUAAUAGUUUCGUUAUUAUUUGAAGUGCCCGUUAUCUGUUACAACUGUUGAAACUUUGGACCAGUGAAACUACUUGUGAUUUUGAUAAUUUAGGAUAAGUGGCGCUUAUGUGUCUUGUUCUGUAGCAGCGUGACGUGUUUUGUUUUAUCUAGGAGAAUGUGGCUAUCAAAGUUCUCGUGAGAUGUUCGACGACGUACUUCCAGACGCCGAAUCGAACACUUUUAAGUGCUUCGUAUCAGUGUAAAAGUGAUCUUGUGAAGUUGUCAGAGAUGAGCACCAACUUUCGCAAGGACAGGACUUCCGGCUCAUUUCCUAGUGUCCUUUUUCGGGCAACACAGCUUCGACGCGGAGCAAGAACUGGAUAUGUUCGGUACCAAGAAGAGCAAGAAAGGUCAGUCGGGGGGUAGUGGAGGUAUAUUGAGUGGCGUCGUCGGAGGAACUGUCUCCGGAACCACCGGCGGAAAUGGAGGUGUCGGAAUGGCUUCGCUUGGCAGAGCUAAGGCUCCACUUUCACUACAGGGUUCAACGCCUUCAAUUACCUCGCAGGAUGAUGUUAACGGAAACUCUGUCCAGCUCACAGCUCAACAAAUACUUAAUGCCCUGCCGGACAGCGAGGUCGAACGCAGAUUUAAGGAGAUGCUGGAGGACAUGAAUAUAAAGUCGGAAGAGAGUUUGCUGACGAAGACGAUCCAGGAAAAGCGGAUGAUGCUUUCAAUGAGAGAGACGACUGGAACAACAGUGCGUGGAAAGUUGGAAACCCCUUUCGAAUUUAUCCAGUGCCUGCGUAACGAACAUCUCAAUUCGGAUAAACUCUUGAAACAUUGUGAAAGUCUGAGAAUUGCUUUAACCAGCAAUCCUCUCUCAUGGGUCAAAGAGUUUAUUGACAAAGGCGGCACAGAUGAAAUUCUCGCUUUGGUUCGCAAAUGCCAGCAAAACAAAAAAUUUAACGAGAAAAAUGAAAUCGACUUAAUUCGAUGUUUCCGGGCUGCCAUUAAUAAUGGGUAUGGUACGAAAUACGUCCGGGGGCAUUCAACAGCACUACAGACGAUUUGUGGAAGUCUUCGUCCGGAUCGACCAUCUCUUAUGCUUGAAGCGGUUCGACUUAUUGCGCCAUUUUGCAUCAUUGAGGGAGGACAGUCUGCAGUAUUGAAUGCAUUAACCCUCACAGCAGAACAGCAAGGUACUGAAAGGUUCCGUGCCAUUGUGGAGGGUCUAGAUUCUGAUCAGGACGCACUUAGAAAACAUUGCCUGCAAAUGGUAAAUGUUUUACUAGAUGUUGAAGAUUACGACUUUCGGGUGCACUUACGAAAUGAGUUCAUGCGGUGCGGAAUGCUCAGCGUAUACGAAAAACUGAUAAAAGAAGAGCACUUAUCUGUGGAUCUCGGACGACAGUUCACGGUGUUCAAGAACUCCCUCGAAGAUGAUUUUGAGGAGUUGACGCAAAAGCAUGAAAAUAUCGCCCAAGACUUCUUUGAUCUGCAGGAAUGCUUUGAUAUGAUAAAGGCCAGCAUUACGGAUACACCAGCUGCCUCUGCAUUCCUUUCAAUUUUGCAGCAUCUUUUACUUAUUCGAGAUGACGCCCAAAUUAGGCCCGCUUACUACAAGUUGGUGGAUGGGUGCGUGGCCCAAAUUGUAUUACAUCGAAACGGGGUUGAUCCCGAUUUUGGUUACACCCAGAAGUUUCAAAUGAAUGUUGAUGAGCUCAUUGAGCGCGUGAAGGGACAUUCAUCUGGAGAAGAUAUCAAUAUUGAAGCAUUGCAAAAUCGUCUUGAAGAAGCGUUAACACAAAAACAAGAAAUGGAAGCGAAAUUAGCGAACUACGAAGCCAAGCUCGGUCAAAUUUCGGCCCAGGGAUCCCCUGGAAAGGCAUUGCAGGUGCCGGCAGGUUUAUUGAUAGGACAAGGGAUAGGGCCACCUCCUGGUGCAACCUCUUCAAAUGGCGGAACAUCGGUAGUGCCACCGCCACCGCCACCCCCACCGCCCCCGCCCUUUAUGCCAGGCAUGGCGAUCCUUUCAGCUCCACUUUCAGGUGGAGCUCCUCCACCACCACCGCCCCCUCCUAUGCCUGGGAAAUGUUUUGGAAGUGGGUUACCUGGUGCUCCACCUCCUCCGCCGCCACCUUUACCUUCCCCGCUUGGCGGGGUUCGAGCACCUCCACCGCUUUCACAAACUCAUGGUUCUGCCCCUCUCCCACCUCCGCCACCGGGAGGUGCGGCAAACAAAAUGCUCGGGUUUGGUACUGUCGCUGAUGUUCUUCCCUUCGGUAUGAAACCCAAGAAGCAAUUCGAAAUAUCUGGGACCUUAAAACGAGCGAACUGGAAAAAAGUGAAUCCAAGACAAGUAACACAGAAAGCCUUUUGGCUUCAUGUUGAUGAAGAGAAGUUUGUAACAGAUGCGUUACUGGAAGAGUUAACAUCAAAAUUCGCAACUGUGCCUGCAAAGAAGGAGAUUAAUCGCAAAGAUGACGGCACAAAUGGAGCUGCUGUAGGAAGUAAAAAGAAUUCGAAGGAGCUUAAAGUUAUCGAUGCGAAGGCUGCGCAAAAUUUGAUGAUUAUGCAGGGUUCGCUGAAGAUGUCCGCUGAGGAUAUAAAGACAUGCCUUCUCGAGGUGGACGAAAGUCGGCUGCAUGACAGUAUGAUACAGCAACUCAUAAAGUAUAUGCCGACGCAAGAUGCACUUAGUAAGCUAGCGAACCUUAAAGAAGAUUCGAGUGAACUACAUGACGCUGAACAGUUUGCGUUAAGUCUUGGCUCGAUGAAACGCCUCCAUCCGCGACUGAACUCAAUAUCAUUCAAGCUGCGUUUUCAAGAAAUGGUUAGUGAUAUCAAACCAAUGGUUGUUGGAGCCACGGAAGCUUGCGAAGAAAUACAAAGUAGCAAAAAGUUUGCGAAACUCCUAGAAAUUGUCUUACUAUGCGGUAACAUCUUAAACACAGGCACAAGAAAUGCUCAGUCAAUUGGGUUCGAUAUCAGUUUUCUGCCUUCGAUGGCUAAUACAAAAACUGUUGAUCAGAAGUCUACCCUUGUCCACUUUUUGGCUGACUACAUUGAGAAACAUCAUCCAGAGGUGCUUGGUUUCGGUGACGAACUUUCCUACGCUGAACGCGCUUCCAAAGUCAAUGUAGAGCAGGUUGACAAGAACCUAAAUAUGAUGAAAAGAUCACUGGAGGAUCUGAAAACUGACUUGAAGAACUUUAGACCCCAGGGUGAACGUGAUUAUUUUGAGAAAAUAAUGCAGCCUUUCUAUGAACGUGCUCAACAAACAUAUGACGUUCUGAGAGGAAUGCACGCUAAGAUGGUGCAACUUUUUGAAUCGCUAGCCGAAUACUAUGUAUUCGAUGUAAAGAAAUAUACUCUAGAGGAGUUUUUCACGGACAUUACAAACUUCAAGAAGCAGUUUGAUGUGGCUUUCACUGAGAAUAUAAAACUUCGAGAGCUGGAAGAAAAACGACGUGUUGAAAAGGAAAAACGUGAGAAGGCUGAAAGAGACAAAAAGGAACGAGCACAGAAGAGGCAACGGCUCACCGACAUUGACGGUGAUCAGGAGGGUGUUAUGGACAACUUACUUGAAGCCCUGAAUUCGGGUGCCGUUUUCUGCAGCAACAAUAACAAACUGCGCCGGAAGAAUAACCGAAGCGCGAAUUCAGCGAUUAAUACACGGCUAAUGCGGACGAGAUCACGAAACGCGAUUGCUAUGGACCCGAUGAGAGCUAUCGAUAUAAGCUAGUCAUCAGUCGUCAAUCGAACUAAACUACAGAUAGAUUACAAUUUAUCAGGAAUCUCCUGAAGACAGAAUUUCGAAGUAUUUCUAAGAGUUCCGGAUGCAACAGAUAAUACUUCUUGGUCAAACUGUUCGCUCUUUGCCCUUCCGUCUCAGUACAAAUGACAUUAAUGCGGUCGUGGUGAUGAGGCGUCUUUUUAAAUGCAGUGCGUCGAUUGGACAAACGUACCGCACAGCUCGCCGCAGGCACAAAGGCACACAUUCUUGCCUGAAAUGAGGUUCAAUCAUUUGUAAUAAUAUACAUUCCUAUUAUUAACCACAGCCGAAAGGGGAAUAGAAACCAAGAAGCUGGUAGCGAGAAGUGUGACUAGUAAAUAAAGAAAUGCUUUAGUCGUUAGACGUUACUUGACAUUAAAGACAUGGAGGAAAAAAAAAAGGAAAAAUGAUAACAACGGCCUAUGAUAUGAAACACAUACACUUGGAUGUUGUCAACGUAUAAAUGUACAUAGAAGUAGAAAUUAUGAAGCAGCGUGUCUCAUAUCAUUCAAAUUGCAGGUGUUGUGACAGCUAAAAUUCAGCGACAUUGUUUGGCUAGCAAAUUGCAAAUACUUCACAUGAUAACAGAAUAAAAAAUCAGAAACUAAUGAUUUCUCAAUUGAGGCAGUAGCUGACUAACUGGUGCUAUCAUUGUAAAGUUUCUAUAUAUGAAAAGUUUCAAUUUUAUCAAUGCUCUAACCAUUGCAAGCUAUGCGUUGUUAAGCUUCGCGGUUGUUAUGCGCUAACGAAUAUUAAACAAUAAGGGAUAACGUAAGCAAGCCCUUGCCGUAGAGGAAGUGAUGGCACAAAAAGUACUUCGUAAUACGCAUUACAGUUAAUUUAUACUAUCCCUCGCUCGGGACAUAUGCAAAUCGAAACUAUUAUUAUUAUUAUUAUGACAUGCUAUCAUAUACGAGUCGUUUAAAUAAAUAGACAGUCAUA